AUGGAGAUUCGUAAGGACAGAGCUACAGGGAUACUAUGGUUAUCUCAGUGCGGUUAUAUGGAGAAGGUGCUCGAGAGGUUUAGCAUGACUAAUGUUAAACAGUGGAUUCUCAGGUACUUGAGGGGUACUACCGGAUAUGGCAUCACAUUCAAUAGACAACUGAGUGAUUCAUUAAUGGUAGGGUAUCUGGAUGCUGACUACAAAGGAGACUUGAAUAACAGGAGGUCUACCACAGGGUAUGUAUUUACCUUUGUGGGAGGACCUAUUUGUUGGAGGUCUAUAGUGCAGUCACUCAUUGCUUUAUCUACUACUGAGUCAGAGUACAUGGAAGUGGCUAAGGCUGCCAAGGAAGCGUUGUGGCUUACAGGAUUGGUCAGGGAGUUGGGUGUCCAUCAAAGUGGUGUUCGCCUGCAGUUUAAUAGUUAG